AUUAAUAAGGACAUUAAGGAUUUGGAAGCCUAUAUCAAGGCCAGCGGUACGGAUGCUAAAGGAGUGGCUCGAAAAAAAUUAGAAAAUUUGACUAGCGAUUUUGGUGAUGUUAAAGAUAAUUUACAAUCUUGA